UAUUCUUUUAUUCUCAUUCCCAUGCUGUCAUAUUUUGGUUCCAGGUAUGUGGUAUGUAGAAGCCUCAAGGAAGACAAGCAAUCCGUCAAUCAAUAUUUAUUUUUUAUAAAUGAAACUAUUCAUGAACUGAGACAAGACGAAGAAGAAGAGAAAGAUAUUUUAGAGGUUGUUCCUAAUAAUUUAUUACAGACCGAACCAUUCUACACUUACAUUACUGACAGUAAUGACAGUAUCGGCAUUAAUCAAAUCAUAGCAUUAAAGAAGCUAAAAUAUUUCGUUAAAAAUACCAAUCUUCAAGAAACCAGACAAGCAGCUCUAAGAAACAAGUGCUUACAAUUAUGGGAGGUUCCUACUGUCCCUAGAGAGGCCCCUGUUGAUCGAACUGCUAAAGAGAUCUUUGAUAAUUGUUGGAAAAAACUGACUAGACGUCCUGAUGAAGACAUAAGCCUGUUUGUAUCCGAUAAUUUCAAAGACGUUAAAAUGGAGAGUCUGCCAUUUUUACUAGACCCUAACUCAUGGAAGUGGUGCUUCGCUUGUGGCAGGAGAUUCCUACUAGUCGGACUUGGAAGGAACCGAAUUCAUUCAUGGGACAUGAGAGGUCAAAGAGUUUCAUUCUUCCCUCGGUCUGAGUUACAGAUUGAGUUACCCAAAGGAACGAUCCUUGAAGUUGAGAUAAUACCUGAAAUGUCUGGGGAAGGUCGUGCACAGCGUCAAAUCAACGUUGUGUACAUUAUGGACGUCAUUGCCAUCUCACACGACAUGAGUUAUGCAAUGAAACCUCUAAAAGAAAGACUUGCUGUUGCAGAGAAGUUGUGCAAAGUUCUUAACAAACCAUGUCAGAAACAAUUCUUAACAUUGAAGGUUAAACCAUAUUAUCGCGUUGUUGACAUGAUAUCAACUUUUGGAGACUUGAGAUUACGUAACUGCAAAGGGUUAGGGGACGUACCUACAUUAGACGUCUCACAUGAUGAGUGGUUUAUAGCACCGAUUGGAGUUAUAUUCUGUAAAGUAUUAUUAGAGCCAUGGCAGCUUCAUUUCAGUCAAUCAAGUGGUAGGCUGUACUUUUUUAAUUAUAAAACGAACAAGAGCUCAUUCGAACCACCCAGAGAAUCAAUCUCACCAUUCCUAUCAGUACUUGCUACCAGGCACAUUUGGAGAUGGUUGCCUCACAUGUCUCGGGAUAUUUGUGACAUAGAGGAAGAGGAGGAGAAUCACUCAAGGAAGGAACUGGUUGGAGGAAGUCUGACUUGGUCCGUCUUGAGGUCGAAACUGGAGUCUAUUAAACGAUGAUGAUAAUUUUAAUAUUAUUAUUUAUUAUUUAUGGGCGUCAUUUUCAAUCUUCACUGUACAUAAAUCUCUCUCUCCUUUUUAUUGUUAAGUGUUGGAUGUCGAUUUUGUAUUAUAAUAAUUCAGAUCCCCCCUCUCUGAAUUUCUUUCACUCAUACAC